GGAGGACAUGAGAAAAAAGGCUGGAGAGAAAGGGAGAGGGAGAGAGAUGAUGCACCUGUUCACAAUCACCUGAGGAGAAGAGUCAGGAGAUUCACAAAAGCUGCGGGAAGAAGACAGACAGUCAUCAGCAUGGUGGGACACUUCCAUAUCUGAGACACUCUCCUUCAGGCAGGCAGUUCGUCGUCCCCAAGGGCCAUCCCUCCAGUCUCCGUGGUGCUAUGGCUGACUCAAGCUGGUGGAAGCUGACCUUCUCACGCAAGAAGAAAUCUGAACCUAAGGUUUUGUAUGAAAUCCCAGCAGAGCACGGAUGCAACAAUGAGAACAAAGACCAAGCAGGCAUCUCUUCAGACAAUAUGGACAGCCAGUUCAAUGCAAGGCUGGAGAAGAUUGUGGAUAAGUCUGCCACCAAAGGCCGCCACGUCAAAGUGUCCCACUCCGGUCGCUUCAAAGAGAAAAAGAAAGUGCGAUCCACGCUGGCGGAAAACCCGAGCCUGUUCGCAGAGCACAACCUCAGUAGUGAAAAUCAUAAAAACAAGACGGACAAAUAGCAAAAUACAUCUACAUGAUCAUAAAAGUGUCAUAAAUCACUCAGACAAGGGCUAUUGCCUCACUGUACCGCGUCCAAGUAGCAACAGUAACUAAAACAAACAAGUGGUAUCUUGAAACCGACGUUAAUAUAUUCACAAACUGAAUCAUGGACCGGUUUUGGAAACAUUUCUCUCAUUAUUGUAAAUGUUGAAUUCUAACAGCAAAUGUCCAAAUGUUCUCAAGCAUUUUUUUAUGUUUGCACUGGUGUUUUUUUAAAUAAGAGCUGAAAUGAAGUAGCUUAAGCUUAACCUCCUUUGUCUUGUGUAGCUAUUAUGUAUUUUUAUGAUUUAAAAAGGACCUUUUAUGAAAAGAUACAGUCCAUUUGCUUGAAUUUUAUGAAAAAACAUGCAAAACUUGAUUAAAAUACAAAAUGUCAGAAAAAUUAUUAAAUGUUCACAGUAGCCCCAGAAGUAAUUUAGAUUGUAUUAACUAUUGUUUUCUAGGUAGAUAUCUAAAAUAAGUAAUAAAAACUCUGAGAAAAGGAUUUAUCACCUUGUGAAGGGCGUUUUAUCCAUUUUUACUGUGCUGGAAAAAUAAUUGUUUAGUAUGUUUUUUAUUAAUCAAAUGCAAGUUUAUAAAUUUUGUAAAUGACCGUUGUAAAGAUUUUUGGGGUAACAUUAAAUUAUAACUUAAAAUAAAUUGUUUAAACAUU